CGGGCGGCGCGAUGGAACCGGCGCCGGACCUGGGGCUCGGGGACUCGUCCUUGCACCGCUAUCUGGACUGCGAAUUCUGGAGCCUCAAGAACGAGCUGCUCUGGCUUCUGGGAGGCUGCCCGCUCUUCCGGCACAGGUAUGAUUUGAAUCUGGAUGAAAUAAGAGCUUUGACAUUUCAGAGAGUGACGUUUACCAUGGGUCUACCUCUGAUAAAACGUACAAUUCAGGAUCAGGCAGAGAAAACAAAGAAUUUUGUCAGUCGGAGCCUGGUCAUAGGAGAAGUCCUCUUAGCAGACAUGGCCACAGGAGUAAAGUGUGGAAUAAUUUAUUGGCUAUUUGGUGGUGCCGUCAGGAAUCUCGGAAGCCCAGCACGUGUAACUAAAUGGCUUCAGCCACUCCAGGAGCAGAACUACACGGGGAUGUUUGCGAUGACUGAGAGGGGCCACAGGAGCAACGUGAGAAGGAUCCAGAUGGAAGCCGCCUUUGACCUCUCUGCACAGGAGUUUGUAAUCGACACACCCUGCGAAAAUGCUGAGGAGAUGUACAUUGGAAACGCCAUGUACGGGAAUUAUGCAGCAGUCUUUGCCCAGCUCAUCAUAAACGGAAGAUCUCAAGGGCCCCACUGUUUCAUCGUUCCUGUCCACGAUGAAAAUGGAAGCAGGUACCCACGAGUGACAGCUAUUGAUACGAUGUAUAAAGAAGGUCUGCAUGGUGUUGAUACCAGGAUUCUGAGAUAUGACAAGGUUCGGAGACCAAGGGAGAACCUGUUGGAGAAGUGUGGUUCUGUGGCUCCAGAUGGGCAGUACCACUCCCCCAUUAAGGACAAGAGUGUGAGAUUCAAUGCGAUGUUGGCAGUGCUGACCCCUUCGAGACUGGCUGUGACUUUCCAAACUACAGGCUCUAUGGAGCUUGGGUUGACGAUAGCCAUUCGCUAUAGCCACAGCCAGAGGCAGUUUGGGCCCAAAGCCAAGGAAGUGGUCAAGAUCAUUGAGCACCGAACACAGACCCUGCGGCUGAUGCCUCAUCUGGCCACGGCCUUGGCCCUGACCUUUGCCAACAGGUAUGCCGGCAUCCUUCUGGACGAGGACAUCUUCCGAGGUUAGGAGCUUGUUGGCAGUCGCCCACUGCAGGUGCUGAUGGCGGGGCUGAAGGUCUAUAGUACCUGGGAGAACAUUGACUGCCUGCAGGACUGCCGAGAGUGCACCAGAGGCCUGGUUGUGGUUCAGGAACUGCUGACUCAGUACACCAAGCAGUAUGAAGAAAGACCCAUCUCCAGCCUGCUCCAAAACUGGAUGGAAUCAGGGGGUGACAAGCUGAGAACCAGUUUCCUGGCGUUUAACAUGGACACAGUCGGUAAUCUCGCCUUUCUGUUGAAAGCAGUCAAUUUUCAUGAAAGGGUUCUUCAGCGGGGUUUGGUGGCCCGGAUUUAUUAUAAGGUGACAACCGAGAAGGAGGACUUUUUCAGUGCCUGGAACUCGUGUCUUCACCACAUCCCCUGCCUGUCUCUGGCACACAUUCACAGAGUUGCUUUAGAGCUGUUCUCCCUUCCCGUGAGGCGCUGUCGAGAAGAGGACCAGGCUUUGUUAAAGAAGUUUUGUCUGCUAUGUGGAACCAAACUGGUGUUCCAGGAGCGAGCCUGGUAUCUAGAACAUAAAUAUUUCACUCCCCUGGGCAGCAUGAAGAUUAGGCAUCAGUUGCUCUAUUUGUGCAGCUCACUGAAGGAUGAUGCCCUGAGGGCGAUCUCCGCCUUUAACAUCCCACACACCUCCCUCCACGCACCAAUCGCUGGAAUCGCCAACCCGAUGGCCUCCUGGGCCUUCUACCCAGCACCGCAGCAUCCCCUGGCCCGGGAAGGAGCGCGGUCUCCGCGGCCCAAGCUGGGAGCCAACUUACAGCGGGGGUGGCGGGAAGGGUGGUGGCCCACCGGCAGCUGCCAGAACGCUUCUCAGACGCCUGGAGCUGGGGCCCGGGGCCGGCUGGCACGUGCUGGGGCGCGGCCCUCAGGGAUUUUGCACGACUGCCCGGGCCAUGCCCUCUGCCGCCUAAGUCACCAGAUCCCCCUAGACGGAGUGGGCUCCCCUUUGAGCGCGCUCAAGAACCGGUUGCCACCAAAGGCCUCCCGCUGUCAGUGGUGA